AUGCCUGGUGAAGAGAAUUCACCAGGUGAAGAUGGCCCAAAAUAUAAAAUCUCUAGCUUUCUUUUUGGGAAUGUUAACAAAGAAGGACAAAUUGAAGAAUAUCAACAUGAUGUUGAGUUGAAAUCUAUAAAUAAUUUAGACCGAUGCCAUGUAAGAGAAGUGGAAGAAGCUGCUUCAGAUGUGCUUUCUGACAGCAAUGCUAUACCUGCACUAUCGUCAGAUGAUGCUAGUGUCCAGCCCAUUAACAAUACAAAUCCAGUAGACUACUAUAACGAAGAAGAAACUUUGGCAGAAGAAGUUGUAGAGAAGGUUUUAUACGACAUGAAGCCUGAAAAAAUUGAAGAGGAUGAUUAUGAUUCAAUUGAUUCAGAACCGGGACAAAAUUUAACACCGACAAUUGAUUUGGAUUCAAAGUCACCUCAUAAAGAAGAGGGAUAUACGUCACCUGGAAGUGGGACUAUUGAAUCAGUCCCAAAUGAAUCACCUCUAAAUAGAAAUGAUAUAAUGGAAGUGAAUAGUCAACCUAAAACAGACGACACAUUGUCACUAUGUACUGAAUCAGUCUCACCAAGCAAACCGACAGGUUAUGCUCAAAUUAGUGUCUCUGAAGAUACAACUCUUAUUAUGCCUCCACCAUUACAUCCAGCACCUCUUUCAAUUUCCCGUUCAAAUCAAAUUAAGCCUGUUUAUUCACGAAGUGCUGAUUCACCAAUCACCAGUCCGGUAACCUCUAGUUGUCACUUAGAAUCAGUUAAAAGUCCAAGUUAUACCACUACUGUUUCACAUAAUCAAGAUAAUGUUUUAAACACUCCACUGGGUAGUCUUAUGCCUCCAGAAUACAUGAAUGUAGAUAUAAAAGAACUUUUCCCUUCAUAUGAUCCAGGAAAGACACCUUUAUGGGGACGUUUAUUCAAAUUACCACAUCAGCUAGGUAUUUAUCAUGAUUUUAUUGAGCAUUAUGACUAUAUGGAAGAAAUUCUGUCACAAAGACCAUCACGAAGUGAUCGUUUACAUCUUUUAUAUGAUGGAAUUUUGGAUCUUGGAGAAAUUCCUUUACCUGAAGAAAUUCAUUAUCAUGAUGAAGUAGUUGAGUUGAAUACGCCACCAAUGCCAGGGUUAGAUUAUUUGGCAGGUAGUGAACAUUCAUGGUGGCGUAGAGCUUUUAAAAAUGCCCUGGAUGAAUUAAUGAAUCCGAAAAAAAUUGAAAACAAUGAACACACUGAUAGUGGUGGUAUUCAUAAAAAGAAAUCAUCUACACAAAAACAACAACAACAACAACUAGAACUGAAUGAUACGCAUAAACAAGAUGAUUUCAAUGAGAAACUUAAUGAUGAUAUAGACACUUAUUUAGGUUGGCGUUUAGGACCAGCAAAAUAUUGGUAUGAUCAAUUAGGUUUACCAUUGGAUAUCAAUAUUUCUGAAUGGACAGAAUGGCGUCGACCAUUAACAUCUAUCAGUAAUACCUGUAAUAUUACUACUACUACUACUACUAAUACUGCUACUGCUACUACUACCACUACUGCUAAUAACAAUACCUCCAAUUCAAUCACUUUUCAUUCUUCUGAAAAUGCUAAACAUGAAGAUCAUAAUUUAGCUACAAAUAAAUUAGUCAAUGAAACAGUAUCAUCUAAUGAAUCCACUUGUUGUUCAAUGAUUAAAAAAGAACAUAUUGACAAUGAAUCAUUAUUGAAUGGAAGUAUACCAGGUCAGCGGUGCAAUAAACAAGAUCCUGAUGGUGGUGUUGGUUAUCAACAACAAUUAUCAAAUGAAUCAUUAAUUCGUUCAUCUCCAACUCUGCGUAAAAAUAGUUCACGUCCAUUAGGCUCUGAGGAACUAUAUACACCAAAUCAUUUUUAUCCAUAUCAAUUAUUAAAUUGGGAAGAUGAUAUUAUCUAUGAUCCACAAUUAAGUGCAAAUAAAAUCUCUACAAAUUCACGUUUAAAUGCUGCCUAUGCUGGUUGGAUACCAUCACAACAUUGUCGUACAAUGGCUUCAUUUCAGGAUGCAUAUCAAGGCAAAUUUCCAUUUAUAUUAAGUUCCAAAGUAAUCAAUGGUUUAACUACAUCUGUAUCAUCAACAACUGGUAUGAUUAUGGAUAGUUUAUUAAAUCAUUCAUUGAAAAAUUCCACCACUACAUCAUUACAAUACACCAUUACUAAUUCAAAUCAUCCACCUUAUUCAAUAUUUCCAAUUGAAAAUGAAAAUAUACUCAAUAAUAAUUGGGUACAUGAUAUAAUUUAUGAUUCGGAUUUACCAAUUGAUCAACAACCUCCACCAUUUCUAUUGACAUUAGAUCAAAAUGAUGAAAUGUGUAUAUUGGAACCAAUUGAUGAUUCAACCAUAGCUGCAGUUUUAUCAUCAAUACGUAAUCAACGACAGAAACGUUUAAUGCAUCGAGGUUAUGUUGACAGUACAGAAUCGGAUUCCAAUAAUGUAUCCAAUGUGGGUAUAACAACAGCAACAACAAUGAUGACAACUAAUGCAACUACAACAUCUACAACAAUUAUAGGUGAUUAUUCAAAUUCAUUAUCAUCAAUCAAUAAUAGUAAUACAAUUGGUCUUAAUCAACGUGGUAAUAUUAAUGGUAAUAAUAUUUCAACUAGUCAAGAUAACCAUUGGUCUAAUAUAGAUCAUGAUAAUAGUUUAUCUCAGCAUAAAUCUAAUUCAAUGAAUCGUACUAGUCUUCAAGUGAAUUUUGGACUGGCAUCAACACGUGGUAUGUUCACUGGGGCAUUAGCUAAAGCUGAGAAAGGUGCUGAAAAAGUUAAAAUGAUUUUGGGUAAACAUGGUCUUUUAGCUGAAGAUGAUUGGCAAUCUAGCCAAACAGAAAAAUAUAUGAAUAAUAAUAAUACAGAUGAUAAAAAUGAUCAACAACAACAACAACUACAAGAGGCGAAUGAAUUUAAUGCCGACGGUAAUACGUUAGCAUCAGCUGCAGCAGCUGUCUCUGGUAUUCCACCAAAAGAUCCAUUAAAUUUAUCCAAUGAUGAAUAUUAUGCCAUUCGUAGUGGUGCUCUUGCAUUAGGUGGUUUAGCACGUUGUGGUCCAUUACAGCAUAGUACACCAGCAGUUGAGUUAUGGCCACCAUUUUUCCCAACUUAUAUGAGUCCAUUACGUUUACGUCAAUUUCAUAGGGUACCAUUAAAAAGAUAUCUUCGUGGUCCAAUGUCACAAUAUAAUGUACCAUUUCCUGUGACUAAUCUUACACGUCAUAUUCAUCGUAAAAUGCGUGAACGUGAAGAUGAACGAGCAGCUACCGGUGGUGGUGAAAUAUUCUUCAUGAGAACACCAAAUGAUUUAUCUGGUUCAGAUGGAGAGAUUGUUCUAUUUGAAUUUUCUGAAGAAUAUCCACCUCUUUUAGCUCAGGUUGGUAUGGCUACACGAAUUAUAAAUUAUUAUCGUCCAUUGGUUCCUAGAGACAGAUCACUUUCACCAUCUCCGCAUGCUUAUACGGAACCACCAGAACUACCUUAUGGUUCUCUUGUGUAUGUAGGCGGUUCAGACAGUCCAUUUCUUGGUGUUAUUCGACCUGGUGGUUGUUUACAAUCCGUUGAAAAUAGUAUGUAUCGUGCACCAAUUUAUCCACAUACAGUUGCUAAUACAGAUUUCUUAUUAAUUCGUAAUCGUAAUGGAAUUAGUAUACGUCGUGUCCCGAAUGCAUUUACUGUAGGACAAGAAGUUCCACUUAUGGAAGUACCUGGACCAAAUUCAAAACGUGCUAAUAAUUUUGUACGAGAUUUUCUACAAGUAUUUAUUCUACGUUUAUUUUUACGUAGUACCGAUGAACCGAAACGAAUUAAAAUGGAAGAGAUACGUAAAGCUUUUCCUAAUCAUUCAGAAAGUAGUGUUAGAAAACGAUUAAAAGUUUGUGCUGAUUUCAAACGUACUGGUUCCGAUGCAAGUUGGUGGGUUCUACGAUCGGAUUAUCGUUUACCAUCGGAAGAAGAAGUUCGUUAUUUAGUUUCACCGGAAGAUUGUUGUGCACAUUAUAGUAUGUUAGCUGCUGAAUUACGUCUUAAAGAUGCUGGUUACGGUGAGAAAUAUUUAUUUGUUUUGGAUGAUAAUCAAGCUGAAGAAGAAGAGGAUAAAGAAGGACAGCCUAAAAUGGAAGAUGAAGUAAGAGCAGCACCAUGGAAUACAACACGUGCUUAUCUCGCCUCACAACGUGGUGGUUGUUUUCUUGAAUUACAUGGUGCUGCAGAUCCAACUGGUUGUGGUGAAGCGUUUUCUUAUUCGAAAACUUCCGCUAAACCUGGUGCAUUAUUUCGUCAAGCUGGUGGUGAAGUUGCAAGAGGUUUAUUAAAUGGGAAACGUACUGUCACUGGAACUGACGCGGAUCUACGCAAGUUACAUUUACGUGAUGCUCGUGCUUUGCUAAGAUCAUUUGGAAUUAGUGAAGCGGAUUUGAAAACUUUCAAACGUUGGGAAAUCAUUGAUAUGGUUCGUUUCACAUCAACUGAACGAGCUAAACAAGGUGAAGAAGAAGGAUCUGCUAAAUUUGCUCGUGGUAAUCGUCUAUCAAUCAGUGAACAAAUUCGUUGUUACAAAGAAGAAUGUCAACGUAUAUUUGAUUUACAAAAUCGUGUCCUAUCGAAUUCGGAACUUUUAAGUUCAGAUGAAGAAGUAAGCAGUGAAGAUGAUGAAGAUGAAGUCACCGGGGCAGAUAGUGUUGGUCAGCAUCGAUCAAAUUUACUAGGUUCACAUAGUUCGCAUACAACAACAACAACAUCAUCAAGCAAUUCUAUUGGUGGUGUACGACUCUCGAGUUUAUCAUCCACUGCACGUUCUUAUGCUCAUAUGAAUCAGAUGAAUUCUAAAAAUGAUGAAAAAGAUCGUGUCAAUUUAAAACGUGCUUUAGAAUCUGGAGAUCAUGUAUCUGGAUUGAAACGACCGCGUAAAACAAAUCAACUUCAAUUGAAAGAUAAUAGUGCAUUAUCAACUGGAUUAGAAUCCAAUGAAACUAGUUCCACUGUUACUGGUAAUAAUAAUAGUAAUAGUAAUAAUAGUACCAAUAUGAUAUAUGAUGCUAGUGCUACUGCAGCUGGAACAAUUUUAGACUUGACACCACCUUGGCCUAAUGUUACUAAGAAAAUGUUACGUAUUAUACGUACUUAUUCAGAAGAUGGACAUCAAUAUACUAGAACAGAACUUGUACCAUGGUCACCUGUUGUAGAGAUUUAUUUGAAAAUACGUCAAACACGUGAUGAUGAUUUUAUUCAUAAUUUUGUUGAUUCCGAUAAUCAUUUUCGUGAACAACAAAGAAAAGAAAAAAGACGAUUACAAGAUCAACUACGUCGUCUUCGUAAACAACAACAAGUCAUGCGAGAACGUGGCAGCAGUGGUGGUGGCACUGCUGCUGGUGGUGGUAUGAAAUCUUUAGGUUUAUCAAAUAAGGUGAACCGUCAUAGACGUCAUAAAACAUUAACAGAAGCGCUGAUUAAAAUGCGUUGUGGUGCUUGUGGUCAAACAGGUCAUAUGCGUACAAAUAAAGAAUGUCCAAUGUAUGGACGUACAAAUGCAUCAUUAAUUCAUAAUGAAGGAGGAGGAAUGCGUAGAUCAACACUAGCAGAACGUAAUCAACUUCGUACACAAUCAACUAUUCGUAAUUUAUCACGAUCAAAUGAUUCAAGUCAUCCUCCAUUAGAUACUAUUAAAACUGAUCAAUAUGGUGAAAAUUAUACAGAUAAUCGAAAUACUACUAUGUUGAUUGAACCAGAUACUAUUGCUGCAGCACAAGCAUUAGCAUCACGUCCAGUAUGUGAAUUGUUAGCUGAACAAGAUGAAGAAGAUGAAGCAGCAGCAGAAGCAGACGAAAUGGCAAAAGCAAAUUUCACCAAUGAUUUCAAUAAUUCUAAUGAUAAACAACAACAUUUAAACCAAAAAGAUUCAGAUGAUUUUGAUGAAUCAUCUAUGCACCACGGGAUGUUAGGUGAAAAUGAUAUGACGGUUGAAGGUACAAAAUUAAAACUUCACUCUGGUUUAACUAAAUAUAUUAAAGAACAAAAUAGACGUAAUUUAAAAUUAAAAAUACGACGUCAAUUACUUGAUCGUUUGGAUGCAGCAGCUGCUGUUGUUCAAUCGGUCAAUUCAAAUCGACGUGGAUUAAUGGGCGCUGGAAAUCGUGGUGGUGGUGGAGGUGGCGGUGGCGCUGGUGGACGAAAUCGUCGAACUAGUUUAAGUUUAACUGAUGAUGAUUUCCCAACAAGUAUUAAACAUCGUGGCAAUCGACGACGUAUUGAUCCUCGUGUUGCAUUAAAUCAUAUUUUUGAAGGAAUUUAUAAGGAUCUUACACAAAUUCCCGGUUACAAAAUAUUUAUGCAUCCUGUGAAAGAGAAAGAUUUUCCUAAUUAUUAUUCACAAAUUGAUAAACCAAUGGAUUUAUCACAAAUACGUAUGAAAAUUAAUGAGAAUAGUUAUGCUACACGUGAAGAAUUCUUAUCAGAUAUUCGUCUGAUUUAUAAUAAUUCAUCAAAAUUCAAUGGUCGUUAUAGUGCAUACACUGAAACAGCUAUGAAAAUGUGUUCCCAUGUAAUGGAACAAUUUUGUCAUAAAGAAUUAAAAUUAAUGCGAUUAGAAUCAUUAGUGAAUCCUUUAUUAGAUGAAGAUGAUUUAGUUGGUUUAAGUUAUUUAUUACAACAAGCUAUUGAAGCUAUGCGUGGUGUGGAACAUAGUCGACCAUUUCAUAUACCAGUGGAUAAACGAAGAUAUCCGGAUUAUUAUAAAAUUAUAAGUAAUCCAAUGGAUUUAUCAACACUUGAAAAAUUAGUUAAAGAGAAUCGUUUUCGUUCACGUGAUGAAUUUUUUGUACAAAUUGAAUUAAUUCUAUCAAAUUGUAUUACAUUCAAUGGUAAUGAAAGUCCAUUAACAGAGAUUGCACAAAAAAUGUUACAAGCUGCUCGUAUACGAUUAGAACAAGAUAAAGAAACAUUAGAUACAAUUGAAGCAAAUAUACGAAGCCGAUUAGAAAAUGAAUCAUGCACUGAAUCGAAUCCAUCUCAAACUGGUGGUGGUGGUUGUGGUGGUCCUAUGGAUGUACAUUCACAACAACAUACAUUAGACAAUCAAACACAUCAAAAAACUACACAUGCCGCCAAGCCAUUGCCAACAACUAGUCGAAUUAAUCAAGUAUCGAAAUUAUUAAAACGUAAAUCUAUCAAAUCAACUUUAUCAAAAAAUAGUAAAGAAUUAAAAAUGACAAAACGUAAAAAAACUCAAAGAUUAAAAACAUUGAUGAUUGAUAAACAAUCCGUAAAUUAUGAUGUAAGUUCUGAUAGUCAAACUAUGGAGAAAACACUUGACAUGACGAAAAACACCGCAGGUAGUGAUAGAUUAUUACGUCAACGUGCUAGUGGUGCUUGGUAUGGCGUUGACUUGGAAUAUGACGAUGAUGAUGAUGAUGACGAUGACGAAGACAGAGUGCAGGAGGAGGAAGAAGAAGAGGAGGAUGAUGAUGACACUAUGAAUCGUCAUCAUCAUCGUGGCGUUGAAGAUGAAAGUCUUUCAAAACAAUGGACAUUAAAUGAAGAGAGUAAUGAUUUAUAUACUUCAAAAUCUGUUACUACAUCACUACGUAAUGAAUAUACUUUGUCGAAAGAACCAAAUUCGGAUGAUACGCAAGAUUCAAAUUAUAUGCGACAUAAUGUGACUACUGUACAUGAUGAGAAUUCAUUCGAUUGGAAUUAUCAAGAGGCAUCAACAACUAUUACUACUACUACUACUACUACUGGUCGUCCUAGUCAUCCAACAAAUGAUCACUUAAGACAAAUUGUAUCCAAUCUAAGUGAACAUAGUUCUUCUUCUGUAAGUGAACAUGCAAUGCAAGAUGAACAUCUAUUGGAACAUUAUACUGGUGAAAAUAAUCAACAUCUUGAUAAUUAUGAUGAUAGUUAUAACGUGGAUAAUUCCUUAGAUUCUAAUCGUGAACAAACAAAUGAUUGGAAUCAAUGCACAAGUACAAUCAAUGUUGACGAUGAUGAUGCUGAUGCUGAUGAUGAUGUUGAAAAUGACGAUAGUAUGAUGGAAUUCCGUUCUCAACAAGAUAAAUUUCCUACUUAUAUUGAUGAAGAAACUCGGUUCUCUUCUGGUAUUUCCGAUAUACCAAUAACCAUUACAAAUGAUACUAAUCAAUUAGAUUAUUCUCAAAUUGAUUUAAAUGAUGAUUUAGUUGCAAAAGAUUUACAAUUAACUGAUUCCGAUGAUGACGAUGACGCUGAUGAUGAAGAUGUUAACGCUGAUGAAGAUAUUGACGCCGAUGUUGAUGUGGAUGUUGAUGAUGACAAUGAUAGUUGUUUAACUGAUCAAGGCGGUGAAUUAUGCACUGAUGAGAAUGAUAUCACCGUUGUGUCUUAUAAUAUCGAUCAUGAUGUAGAUGAGACUAAUGAUAAUGAACAAGUGAAUCGUUGUAAUAAUCAACUCAAUUAUACAGAAUAUCAUCAACAUGCAUCAGAAUCGAUUUCUCAUGAUGACAAUUCAUUUACUGCUUAUGAAAUACAAUCUAAUAGACAAUAUGGUGAUUACGAUAACAACAAUAAUAGUCAUAAUAAUGACAAUAACAGUAAUGAUCGUCCGACUUUUUUCAUCAGUGAUGAUGAUGAUGAUGAGGCGUAGGAUAAUAAUCAUUGAAAUACUCAAUAAGUAGAACGAAUUCCCUACAACAACAACAACAACAAAACAACGUAAUACACUGUAAUUUAUUGCAUUUUCUUUCAACUACUGCCCCCAUCGCCUCCCGUCAAUCCUCAGUAUUCUAGCCCCCACACUUAUUAUUAUUAUUAUUACCUAAUAGUUACUGUUUGCCAUUGUAAAUCUUAUGUUUAUGUAUAUUUACACUACCAUUGUUU